GAAUUAAAAAACGAAAUCAACUGUCGAUUAUCGCCCCCCGCGUCCUUUCCUCUAAUUCUCUCUUGAAAAUUUCCUUUUCCCCCUUUAGUUCUGAAGCGGAAAGGUCCAAUUUUUGGGAGUUUUUUGAGUUUUCCCUCGCUUUUCAAAUCAUACCUUAAAACCCCUCCAAUUGAUUUUCGUUUUCCCUCUCUUUUCCGGUUCCCCCGCUCCAAUUUUCCCCUGAAAUCUUCCCCUUCUUUUCUUUUCUCUCCAAUUUUCCAUAACCCAUCUCUGUUUCGUUUCAUUAUAGCUCGUUUUUUCUUGUUUUCACCCUAAUUAUCUUGUUCCACUCUCUUUAAUGGCGACCCAUCUGGCGGAAUCUCAAGAAGCCGAUAGAUAUUUGGUUCCUCCGUUGGAAAUUGAAGGUGGGUAUUGGCAGUCGACUACUGAUCAAGCCCUAACUCAGCAAUCUCUGCCUCCGCCGUCGUCUUGUGGAGAUGGGAAUUUUUCCUUUUCGCCUAUUGACGGCUCUGCUAAUCAGUCUUGGGGUACUUCUUCGAUAAACCCUAAUGGGUCUUCGUCAUUUUCAAUUUACUCGUCUGAUUCUGAUGCACUCGUGCCAUUGCCCUCUUUGCCCGUUUCAUCAUUCAUUGACAAUUCAUUGAAUUGUUCUUCAGAACAAGGUUUCCCAUCAAGUUCAGUGGCUGCCCAAGGAGCCAAAUCUUUGUCAGUGGGUGCGGGGCUUGCAAAUAUGGGUAAUACUUGCUUUAUAAACGCAAUCCUGCAGUGCCUCACUCACACUGCUCCAUUUGUGGAGGGUCUUCGAUCUGUCACUCAUGAUAUGCCUUGUAACAGUGAAGAUCUUUGUGUUCUUUGUGCAAUUCGUGAUCAUAUUGAGCUCUCCUUAACAUCUAUGGGCGGGAUUAUCUCCCCACUUCAACUUGUCGAUAACUUGAACUACUUCUCGUCUUGUUUCCGGAGGUACCAGCAGGAAGACGCCCAUGAGUUCCUGCAGUGCUUCUUGGAUAAACUCGAAAGAUGCCUGGUAAGAGAAGCCAAGGAUCAAAUUUCUUUUGAGGAUGAUGAUGAUCUAGUGAAUAACGUGUUUGGUGGUCGUCUCAUAAGCAACCUAUGCUGUUGUAAUUGUGGCCAUUGUUCUGAAACCCACGAGCCUUUGGUCGACCUGAGCUUGGAGAUUGAGAACGUAGACUCCCUUUCUAGUGCUUUGGAGUCUUUCACCAGGGUGGAGAAGAUUGGUGAUCCAGAGACAAAAUUUAAGUGUGAAAACUGCAAAGAAGAGGUGUUGGUGGAGAAGCAGCUUAAGCUCGAAAAGAUCCCUUUGGUUACUACAUUCCACUUAAAGAGAUUCAAGGCUGAUAGUUCUUUCGUCGAGAAAAUCGAAAAGCACUUGGAGUUUCCGUUAGAGUUAGAUUUGCAGCCGUACAGCGUGAGAGGCCGUGAUGCAGAGGUGGAGCUCAAGUAUGAAUUAUAUGCAAUUGUGGAACACACAGGGUUUUCCUCUACUUCUGGACAUUACUUCAGCUUCGUUCGCUCGUCUCCCGAUACAUGGCACAGAAUGGAUGACUCAAUGGUUACUCCAGUUAGUGAAGAUUAUGUUCUGUCAAGGGAGGCCUACAUUCUGUUAUAUAAGAGGAAGGGAACUUCAUGGUUCUCGAGUUUAAUCCAACAACGAGAUCCUUGCUUGAAUUCAUGUUCCGAUACUUUGCAAAGUAUCGAUACUGUUCGCUCUUCGUUGUCUGCUGAAUCUAUCGUCAAUUGUGAAACUACGAAUGUGCCUGUGGAUACGUUGCGGCUGAGUCCUGCUCAGUUUUCUGUUGCAAUGGGGGAGCAAGAUACUGGUGCCAAUGAUUUGGGAAAUCCUACCUCUGCUAACUUGCAUAUAUUUGAGAGUGCAGCACUCGAGUCUUCUCCCAUCGUAUCUAAGAACCUCUGCUCGAACGGCAAUGAUGAAGGUAUUGAUGGUUUUCGUCCUCUUUCACCGACAAGAUCUCCCAGCCCUGAUAUCGUUUUCCAGACUCCAGAACCACAAUACCAAAUCCCAGUCAGUCAUCUGAAGACUGAAAAGUGCUCGACGUCUGGAAGGCCAUCGAACAAGGGUGUGGAAGAUCCUGAAAGAAAAGCAGCCCUGAGAUACAUUAAGAAGAGCAUGCCGGGGUCGAGAGGGUUGAAAAUGAUCAAUGCUAUAUUGGGACCUCAAAAUGAAGGUCCCUUAAACAAGAAGAAGAGACUAAGGUCAUUGCCAUGCAAAAGGUCAAGCCCGCCGAACAAUCGUCGCAAAACGAGUAUAGUUUUGUGAUGCACUUUGUAGCCAGCCAAAACCGAAGUGAACCGAGUUGAUAGAUUUUGCUAAGUAGUUCCCUUGCCUUUUACCCUUCUUUUCUGUUGUUUUAGAGGUAAAUAUGUGGUGGAAGACGUUUAAAAUUUAUUUCUAGCUAUCAUAAGUUCGGGUUUUGGGUUCGACCUCGGUGAAUCGAGAUGCUUUUUCAAUCUGUGUAUAGAGAACGUUUUCAGUUCGAAUGCUCUACAUGUUAUAUAAUCAAAUUCUGUGUUGACAAUCUGUUCCAAUUUAUUACUACUUUCUGAUCUUGAAUGAUUCUUUAGAGAUGAUUACUAUGCUCAGUAGUGAAGAAAGUGUAGAUUUUGACAGAAUCAAUGAGAAUGUUUGUUGGUUUGUUGAGGAGAAUCCAACACAUAUCCUUGAAAGCAUCGAAACUUGUUCUUUAAUAUCCUGAAGCCAGAGGCUGGAGACGAAGCCAUGGGAGACGACGGUAUCGCUACCCCGACUCCAACGCCAAGUUACAGCUCAUCAUCAGAGGCUGCAAACAGACACAUAGUGGUUGUCAUGGACGGAAUGGAAGAGUUCACAACAAAGCCACUCGAAUGGGCGUUGGAUAACGUCAUCAAGCCUGGUUGCGUCGUUACUCUCAUCGGCGCCAUGCCGUGGCUCAACAUUCCUCUUUCUUCCAAAACUUGGUUGGAUAUUUGGCCAUUCAACUUGGAGGAGAUGCCAUUUGUGAGUGGGGAAAGGGAGUGUAUCACUGAACCCAAGUAUGCAAAACUUGAAGCUGUGCUAUCUCUCUGUACACAAUAUGGUGUUGUGCCACAAAAAAAGGUUAUAAUGGGUCAUCCACUUAGGCUGCUGAUUGUUGAGCAAAUCUCUGGGCUUCAUGCAACAUGGGUUGUAUUCGACAA